AUGGACCGGGGAUCCUCGAGGACACAAUGGACUUAUUCUGUGUUGCGCGCGCUGUGCCUUUUGGUGUGCACGGGCGCGAUGGAGCUGGUCCACGCACAGAUGCGCUACUCCAUUCCGGAGGAGCUAGAACACGGGGCUUUCGUGGGAAACAUAGCCGAGGACUUGGGUUUAGACGUGGCCAAGCUGUCGGCGCGGCGCUUCAGGAUAGUCUCCGGCGCCAAGAAACAGUACUUGGAGGUCAACUUAGAAAAUGGCAUUUUGUUUGUCAACGAGAAAAUCGACCGCGAGGAACUGUGUGAGCAGAGCCCAACUUGUUUUUUGCACUUGCAAGUGGUCAUUGAAAACCCGCUGGAGCUCUAUCGCGUGGAGGUGGAGAUUUUGGAUGUAAACGACAACGCGCCGAGUUUUCCGUGGAGCGAGUUCAAUCUGGAGAUCACCGAGUCAGCGGCGCCCGGUUCCCGCUUUCCGUUGGAGAGCGCGCAGGACUUGGACGUGGGCAUCAACUCUCUGCGCUCGUAUCAGCUCAGUGCGAAUGAGCACUUCGCCCUGGAUAUCCAGACGCGCAACGACGGCAGCAAAUUCGCGGAGCUCGUGCUCGAGACACCUCUGGACCGCGAGCAAAGGAAAGCGCACGAUAUGGUUCUGACAGCCGUGGAUGGAGGCUCGCCUGAGCGCUCCGGGACCGCCAAAAUCACGGUGACGGUGCUGGAUGCGAAUGACAACCUCCCGGUGUUCGACCGCUCAGUUUAUCGAGUCAGCCUGAUUGAGAAUGCACCGAGAGGCACGCUGGUGCUCAAACUUAACGCCACGGACCUCGACGAGGGUCCAAACGGCGAGGUGUCAUAUUCUUUCAGCGGUCACGCGCCGCUAAAAGUGCGGGAAUUGUUUAAUGUGGACUCAUACACGGGGGAAAUUCGGGUGAAAGGGAUUGUGGACUAUGAAAAGGCGAGCGUGUAUGAGUUAUACGUGCAAGCCAAAGACAAGGGUCCCUCUGCCGUGGCCGUGCAUUGCAAAGUGUUGGUAGAUAUCAUGGAUGUUAAUGACAAUGCUCCCGAGGUCAUCUUGACCUCCGUGUCCACACCUGUUCAGGAGGACGCGCCACCGGGGACGGUGAUCGCUGUGAUCAGCGUGAUGGACAGAGACUCGGGAGAGAACGGAAACGUGGACUGCGAGAUCCCGAAAAAUGUGCCCUUCCAGCUGCAUUCGUCGUUUAAGAACUACUACACUUUGGUGACUAGCGAGUUUCUCGACCGGGAGAAUGUGGCAGAGUACAACAUCACACUGACGGCGAAGGACUUGGGAUCCCCGCCACUGUCCACCAAGAAAAACAUCCUCAUCACAGUGUCUGACAUUAAUGACAACCCGCCGCGCUUCGUUCAGCCGACCUACACUGUCUAUGUAACCGAGAACAAUGCCCCAGGCGCCUCGAUAUGCUCGGUCACUGCCUUCGAUCCAGACUCUAAUCAGAACGCCUAUCUGUCUUAUUCUAUCCUAGAGGGUCAGAUCCAUGGGAUGCCAGUGUCCACUUACGUUUCUAUCAACUCAGACAACGGCAACAUUUACGCGCUGCGCUCUUUCGACUACGAGCAGCUCCGAAACUUUCAGAUACGGGUUCAGGCACAGGAUGCUGGCUUUCCGCCGCUGCGAAGCAAUGUGACCGUGAAUGUUUUCGUGCUGGACCAGAAUGACAACGCGCCGGUUGUUAUUUCCCCGCUACCCAAAAACGGCACGGUGGCUACGGAGAUGGUCCCGAGGUCAGUGGAUGCCGGGUACCUUGUCGCAAAAAUCACGGCGAUAGACGCUGACGCCGGGCAGAACUCGCGCCUGUCUUACCAAGUGCUCCAGGCUACGGACCCGGGGCUCUUCAGCGUUGCCCUUUACACGGGCGAAAUCAGGACAAUUCGCCGCUUCGUUGAGAAAGAUGCCACCCGACAGCGGCUUGUCAUUCUGGUCAAGGACAACGGUCAGCCUCCCCUCUCGGCCACGGUCUCCAUCAUCCUGUCAGUGGUGGACAACGUGCCAGAGUCGCUGUCAGAUUUUGGCGACCUCACCCAAAACCCCCAGCCUCCGUCCAAUCUCGCCCUCUAUCUAAUCGUGUCACUGAGCACCAUCUCGCUCAUCUUCCUAAUAGCCAUCAUUGUGCUCGCCUCUGUCAAGUGCUACAAGGAUCACGACUCGCUCAACGGCUUCGGUCUCUCGGCUGUCGGAGCCGCCUGCUGUGGCAUCGAGCCGGAGCCCCCCACGGAAGUCUUUAAAAAAUCCAAUUUAAACCUGCAGAUCUCCACGGGAGCCAAAGUGCCCACGAACUGCAUGGAGGCGAACAGCACCAACACUAUGUCUCAGGCGUACUGCUAUAAGGUAUGUCUGACUCCGGAGUCUGCCAAAAGCGACUUUAUGUUUCUGAAGCCAUGUAGUCCCGAAACACCGAGGAACAACGCCAACCCAAAAGCGACUACCGAUACCCUGGGCUGGAACACCCAAAAUCGGAAUAACGGAGCCACUACCCCGAGUGAGCUGAAGCAACCAAAUACAGACUGGCCCCUGACAAAGAAUCAGACUUCAUCUCUGAAAAGCUACAAUUCUAUCAAUAUGGAUGGCACGCUGAUGCGCAAGGCGAUGCAGACUGACCCAGAAAACUUUGUGAGCCCAAUGGUAGGCCAGUACUGGACCUGGGGGAAUCACAUGCGGGAGUACCGGACGUCUCCCCCCAACGUCGUCGGAGCUCCGCCACCACCACCGCCCCAACCACAGCAACAGCCCCGGGCCUGGACGCCGCGCUACACCCCGCCUCACCAACACCCCCAGCCCCAGCAGCACGCCCUGCAGCAGAGCCAGCCGUCGCCCCACCCUCCUCCGGGCCACCCGCCGGGCCACCCUCCGCCCGACUACCAGCACAACGUCUACAUCCCGGGCACGCCCUCGGCCCUGUGCACCCUCCGGCCCCACCAGAGCCUCCACCACGUGCACCGCGGCAGCAGCGCCAACGAGCUGGACGUGGUGCACAACUCCUUCUCCACGUUCGGCAAGAAGCAGCGGCGGCUCAACUACGAGCUGCAGCAGCAGCAGCGGAGCGAGGAGACGCCCACGCCAACGGAGGACGUAGAGGGCUAUGUGUAUAUCAUUGUCCUCAUCUUUAUCUUUAUUAUCUAGCACAUGAUUGCUUUGUCUGUGACUCGCUACUCUAUACCGGAGGAGAUGGAGAGGGGAUCCGUGGUCGCCAACCUGGUAGCAGAUUUGGGACUGGAUUUGACCGAUUUGGGACAACGUGAGGUAAAACUAGACUUUCUACACGGCAAGAAAUAUCUAGACGUAAAUAAAAAGACUGGAGACCUAUAUAUUAACGAGAAGAUUGAUAGAGAAAAUCUUUGUCAGAUGAAAACAACAACAUGCUACAUAAAAUUGGACGUAAUAAUGAAAAGUCCACUUCGCAUAUUCAACAUUGAACUAGAAAUAACAGAUAUCAAUGACAAUGCGCCUUAUUUUAGAAUGGACAGAAUCGAACUAGAUGUAUCUGAGUCGGCGACACCGGGGGAAAGAUUCUCCUUACCAAAUGCAAUAGACCCGGAUGUUGGUUCGAAUACGGUUAAAACAUACCGACUCAGUGAGAGUGAACAUUUCACUAUUGAUAUCCACGCAGGCAGUGAUGGGACUAAAUACGUUGAACUUGUUCUCAACAAGGAUUUAGACCGUGAACACCACGCUGUGCAUAAGCUAAUUCUCACUGCGGUGGAUGGGGGAGUCCCAGCCCGCACAGGCACAGCGAAUAUCAUUGUUCGAGUACUGGACACUAAUGACAACGCCCCUCAGUUUGCGCGUCACGCCUAUUCUGUAAAUAUUAGCGAGAACUCUCCAAUAGGAAGUCUCGUCACGAAACUGAACGCAACUGACGCUGACGAUGGCGCCAAUGCAGAGGUGACAUACCAUUUUACUCUAUACACCUCUGAGAAGACCCAGGAAAUGUUUGCGCUCAACCCCAAUACAGGUGAAAUUACCGUGAAAGGCACAAUCGAUUUCGAGGAUAUGAAAAUUUACGAGCUGCACAUUGAGGCUAAAGACAACGGUCCUGUCCCACUCACUGGACAGUGUAGAGUGACAAUCCAUGUGACUGACAUGAAUGACAACUAUCCUGAAAUAACAGUUCAGUCUCUGAAGAAUACUGUAAAAGAAGAUGUUCCAGUUGGCACAGUGAUAGCAGUCGUAGGCAUUAGUGACCGAGACACAGGUGACAAUGGCAAAGUCAACCUCAGCAUGAACAAACACAUUCCCUUUAUUCUAAACCAGACCUCGGAGUCCCAUUUUGAACUAAUAGUUGCAAAACCACUAGAUCGCGAAAAGACACCAGAGUAUGACAUAACACUUGUAGUAACCGACAGCGGGACACCCCCUCUGAGCGACAACGAAACCAUCACCGUUCACCUGCUGGACGUCAAUGAUAACGCGCCUCAGUUCCCGCAGUCUUUCUACACUAUACAAGUUGUGGAGAACAACGCGCCGGGAGCCCUACUCAGUUCACUGACAGCUUUAGAUCCUGAUCUACAUGAAAACCAGUAUCUUGUUUAUUUUAUAAUAGAAAAGGAAAUUGUCAACACAUCCAUGUCCAUGUUGUUCUCCAUGAACCCAGAGAAUGGUAACCUUUACGCACUAAAGACUUUCGAUUAUGAAAUAGAGAAGGAGUUUCUUUUCCACAUCGAGGCUAGGGAUUCAGGUGUUCCUCCACUGAGUAGUAACGUGACGGUUCACAUCAUCAUUAUGGACCAAAACGACAACACUCCUGUGAUAGUGUCUCCGUGGCGUGCGCACGGUUCAGUAGUGGAGGAGAAGAUUCCCAGGUCCACUGAUAAGGGCGCACUGGUGGCCAAAGUGAUCGCCAUCGACACAGACUCCGUGCACAACUCCAGAAUUACAUACCAGUUUCUACAAAAUACUGACGCUACUUUAUUCAGCCUGGAUCAGUACAAUGGAGAGAUCCGAACCAUGAGGAUGUUCAGCUACAGAGACGCGCGUCACCAGCGCUUAGUGGUGAUCGCCAAGGACAAUGGAGAGCCUGCGCUCUCUGCCACUGUGACCAUCAAACUCUCCACGGUGGAGACCGCCAUGAAGUCCUACUCUGACAUGACUGAAGUCCCAAUAGAGUACGACAUCUUUUCGGACUUGAAUCUCUAUCUGGUGAUUGGACUGGGCUCAGUGUCGUUCCUGCUACUCAUCACCAUUCUGGUCACCAUCGUGCUGAAGUGUCAGAAACCGAAGCCCAGUAAAUCACUUCCUCCAAGCAGGAACAGCGUGGCCAGUAGCGUGGACAGGAACUCAGGCUUUGCAGACUCCACUCUGGUCUCCAAUGACGCCUACUGGUACAGUAUGUUCCUGGCGGAGACCCGUAAAGGGAAGCUGGUUGUGCGCCAACCGGCGCCAAAGGGGCAGAGAUACAUCGUCUCCAGCCUGCCAAGAAGUAUAGGUCUGACUGAGACCAGCGGUUCAGCAACUUCAACGCUACAGGUACGACAUUACUGGCAAAUGCAAACAAUGGCACUGGACUUAUACUCAACACCGAUGGCAUGGAAGAGGUACGUCUCCGUUUUUCUUUUUCUCUUUCCAGCGCUAUCUGUGUUUGCAGUAAAUCACUAUUCUAUUCCCGAAGAGAUGGAAGUGGGAUCCGUCGUGGCUAAUUUAGCAACUGAUCUGGGACUGGACGUCAAAACAUUAAGUAAACGCAAGAUGAGGCUCGACAUCAUUGCGAACAAAAAAUACUUGGAUGUGAACAAAGAGACUGGCGAGCUCUACAUUGUAGAGAAGCUGGACAGGGAAUAUUUAUGCACCACAAAGGCUGUUACAGCGUGCAUUCUCAAGAUGGAAGUUAUUCUCGACAAUCCAGUUCGUAUAUUUAACAUAGAACUGGAGAUAUUGGACAUAAACGACAACUCACCGCUUUUUCGGAGGGAUACCAUACAUUUAGAUAUAUCUGAGGCAACCCCCUCCGGAGAGCGCUUCUCUCUCAGCAAUGCCGUGGACCCCGACACAGGCAGUAAUUCUAUUAAGACUUAUUAUUUGGGGGAGAGUCCAGAUUUUGAUAUAGAGAUUCAAACUGGUAGAGACGGGUCUAAAUUUGUGGACUUGAUUUUAAAAAGAGCUUUGGACAGGGAAGAGCAGGCUACACAUAAUCUAAUCCUCACUGCUGUUGACGGAGGAGUGCCCGCGCGCUCUGGCACAGCUAGCAUCAUUGUUCGCGUGCUUGACACAAACGACAACGCCCCUAAGUUUGACAAGGACAGCUACACGAUUAAUCUCCCAGAAAACUCCCCAAUAGGCAGUUUAGUUUUAAAAGUAAAUGCCACCGAUUCAGACGAGGGCACCAACGCUGAGAUAACUUAUUCGUUUAGCCUCUACACCUCAGAGAAAACACAGCAGACGUUUAGUUUAAACGAGAACACUGGUGAAAUUAGAGUUAAGGAGACGAUCAAUUAUGAAGAUUUCAGGAUUUACGACAUGGAGAUCAUAGCGAAGGAUAAGGGAGUAAAUCCUCUAACUGGCCAAUGUAAAAUUACGGUUCUGAUCACUGACAUGAAUGACAAUCAUCCUGACAUAUCCAUUAAGUCUUUCCAAAGUCCCAUUAAAGAAAAUGUAGCAAUAGACACGGUCAUAGCUGUGGUUAGUGUGAGUGAUAAAGACUCUGGGGAGAAUGGCGUCGUGGAUUUACGCAUUCCUGACAAUAUGCCCUUCACACUUAAACAAUCAGCUGAUAACUAUUAUGAGCUGUUUGUGUCAGAGACGCUGGAUCGUGAGAAAGUCGCCGAGUAUGACAUCACUUUUACAGUUACUGACAGAGGCUCUCCUCCGUUGUCAGACAACGAAACUAUUACUUUGGAACUACUCGACGUUAAUGACAAUGUGCCACGAUUUCCUCAAACAUUUUACACCAUCCAAGUGAUGGAAAACAAUGCACCAGGUGCUUUACUAAGCUCACUGUCCGCAUUCGAUCCAGAUCUCCACGAAAACCAAUAUCUAGUGUAUUUCAUUAUAGAGAAAGACAUCGCCAAUACUUCCAUGUCCAUGCUGUUUUCCAUAAAUCCAGAAAAUGGAAACCUUUACGCACUGAAAACAUUUGACUAUGAAAUAGAGAAAGAGUUUCUUUUCCAUAUUGAAGCCAGAGACUCUGGAAUACCUCCAUUGAGCAGUAAUGUCACCGUUCACAUCAUCAUCAUGGACCAAAAUGACAACACUCCCGUGAUAGUGUCUCCAUGGCGUGCGCACGGCUCUGUCGUGGAGGAGAAAAUUCCACGCUCCACCGACAAGGGCGCACUCGUUGCCAAAGUAAUAGCAAUUGACACAGACUCUGUACACAACUCCAGGAUAUCAUAUCAGUUUCUCCAGAACACCGACGCUACUUUGUUCAGCCUGGAUCAGUACAAUGGAGAGAUCCGAACCAUGAGGAUGUUCAGCUACAGAGACGCGCGUCACCAGCGCUUAGUGGUGAUCGCCAAGGACAAUGGAGAGCCUGCGCUCUCUGCCACUGUGACCAUCAAACUCUCCACGGUGGAGACCGCCAUGAAGUCCUACUCUGACAUGACUGAAGUCCCAAUAGAGUACGACAUAUUUUCAGACUUGAAUCUCUAUCUGGUGAUUGGACUGGGCUCAGUGUCGUUCCUGCUACUCAUCACCAUUCUGGUCACCAUCGUGCUGAAGUGUCAGAAACCGAAGCCCAGUAAAUCACUUCCUCCAAGCAGGAACAGCGUGGCCAGUAGCGUGGACAGGAACUCAGGCUUUGCAGACUCCACUCUGGUCUCCAAUGACGCCUACUGGUACAGUAUGUUCCUGGCGGAGACCCGUAAAGGGAAGCUGGUUGUGCGCCAACCGGCGCCAAAGGGGCAGAGAUACAUCGUCUCCAGCCUGCCAAGAAGUAUAGGCCUGACUGAGACCAGCGGGUCAGCUACUUCAACACUUCAGGUAAGCCAAGACAAUAUCAAUUUCACAAAUUGGUAUGUGCUUGCUUUCUUGAUAAUGUCUACUCUAAGCUCUGUCUUCAGCAUUACGCAUUAUUCAAUACCAGAAGAAAUAGAAAUAGGGACGGUUGUAGCAAAUUUAGCUGCAGAUUUGAACCUUGAUGUGAAAACUCUGAGCAGAAGGAAAAUGCGACUGGAUAACAUCGCCAACAAGAAAUACAUUGAUAUUAACAAAGACACGGGGGAGCUGUUCAUCUUAGAAAGAAUCGACAGGGAAUAUCUCUGCAAUACAAAAAGCGCUUCAGCCUGUGUUCUUAAACUAGACGCGACAAUUGAAAACCCUGUUCGUAUGUUUAAUAUUGAACUGGAAAUACUCGAUAUAAACGACAAUGCACCACAUUUUAGACGAGAUACUAUGCAUCUGGACAUAUCUGAAUCAACUCCAUCCGGGGAAAGGUUUUCUUUGACGAAUGCUGUGGAUCCGGAUAUCGGGUCAAACACCAUCAAAACGUACUAUCUCAGUGAAAGCGAGUAUUUCAAUAUUGAAAUUCAAACUGGGCGAGAUGGAUCAAAAUUCACGGACCUUAUUCUAAAGAAAUCCCUUGAUCGCGAACAGCAAAGUGUUCAUAAUUUAAUUCUGACUGCUGUGGACGGCGGAAUACCUGCCCGGUCUGGUACUGCCUCCAUUAUCAUCAGGGUUUUGGACACAAAUGAUAACGCACCAAAGUUUGAUAAGGAAAGCUACACUAUUGAACUACCAGAAAACUCCCCUAUUGGUAGUCUUGUCGUAAAACUCAAUGCGACAGACCAGGAUGAAGGUUCCAAUGCAGAGAUUACCUACCUAUUCAGCUUGUAUACAUCUGAGAAAACACAGCAGACAUUCUCUCUAAAUCCUGACAGCGGUGAGAUCAAAGUCAAAGAUAUGAUCAAUUAUGAGGAUUUUAAGAUUUACGACAUGGAGGUAGUAGCAAAGGACAAGGGCACUAACUCUUUGUCAGAGAAAUGUAAAAUAAACAUAUUAAUUACUGACAUGAACGACAAUCAUCCUGAAAUUUCAGUGAAAUCAUUUCAAAGUACAGUAAAGGAAGAUGUUGACUUGAACACUGUUAUAGCUGUUGUCAGCGUCAGUGAUAAGGAUUCUGGGAAUAAUGGUGUCGUGGAUAUUAAGAUUAACGAUAAUUUGCCAUUUGCCCUGAAAGAAUCUUCAGAUAACUAUUAUGAAUUAGUAGUGGCCAAACCCUUGGACCGAGAAAAGGUACACGAAUAUGAAAUAACUUUCACAGUGACUGAUAGAGGCACGCCACCGUUGUCUGACAACGAGACUAUAACUUUAGAACUUCUUGAUGUUAACGAUAAUGUUCCCAAAUUUAAUCAAACAUUCUUCACAAUACCAGUAACUGAGAAUAAUGCACCUGGAGCACUGCUGGCUUUAAUUACAGCUGUGGAUCCUGAUCUGCAUGAAAACCAAUACUUGGUUUAUUUCAUUAUUGAAAAAGAAAUAGCAAACACCUCCAUGUCCAUGCUAUUCUCUAUCAACCCAGAGAAUGGCCAUCUUUACGCACUGAAGACAUUUGACUAUGAAAUAGAGAAGGAGUUUCUUUUCCACAUUGAGGCAAGAGAUUCAGGUGUCCCUCCACUUAGCAGUAAUGUCACAGUCCACAUCAUCAUCAAGGACCAAAAUGACAACACUCCCGUGAUAGUGUCUCCAUGGCGUGCGCACGGCUCUGUCGUGGAGGAGAAAAUCCCACGCUCCACCGACAAGGGCGCACUAGUUGCCAAAGUAAUAGCAAUUGACACAGACUCUGUCCACAACUCCAGGAUUACAUAUCAGUUUCUCCAGAACACCGACGCUACAUUGUUCAGCCUGGAUCAGUACAAUGGAGAGAUCCGAACCAUGAGGAUGUUCAGCUACAGAGACGCGCGUCACCAGCGCUUAGUGGUGAUCGCCAAGGACAAUGGAGAGCCUGCGCUCUCUGCCACUGUGACCAUCAAACUCUCCACGGUGGAGACCGCCAUGAAGUCCUACUCUGACAUGACUGAAGUUCCAAUAGAGUACGACAUCUUUUCAGACUUGAAUCUCUAUCUGGUGAUUGGACUGGGCUCAGUGUCGUUCCUGCUACUCAUCACCAUUCUGGUCACCAUCGUGCUGAAGUGUCAGAAACCGAAGCCCAGUAAAUCACUUCCUCCAAGCAGGAACAGCGUGGCCAGUAGCGUGGACAGGAACUCAGGCUUUGCAGACUCCACUCUGGUCUCCAAUGACGCCUACUGGUACAGUAUGUUCCUGGCGGAGACCCGUAAAGGGAAGCUGGUUGUGCGCCAACCGGCGCCAAAGGGGCAGAGAUACAUCGUAUCCAGCCUGCCAAGAAGUAUAGGUCUGACUGAGACCAGCGGGUCAGCUACUUCAACGCUACAGGUAAGACUACAUUGA